CUUAAACAUUUCACUCUGCGAAUGAUUUAUAGACGGAAUUAGAUAUUUAUGAUUAACGUAUGUUUAUUUUAUUUAAGAUAUGGACAGUGGUCUUUAAUACCUGUACACAGAGUUUGUGUUUUAGACUCAUUUUAACAGUUAGCAGACGGGUGGCUAAAUGUUUUAAUAGCUAACCGUACCUAGCUGGCUAACGUUGCUAGCUGGCUAACGUUGCUGUUACAGAGGAGUCAACAAGAGGUCGUUGUUAGCUCAAAGAACCCAGUUAGAAGUGGGAAAAAACAGCUGUUUUAGGUCCGUUUGUUUAUUUUUGUAAGUGUUUUGUCUUUUUUACUGAAAAGGUAACUCUGUAAGACAAAAUGCACCACGUCAAGAUAAAGACAGAAAAGCCAGAUUUGGAAAGCACAGGUGCCCGUGGGAGGUUGGAUGCUGUGCUGAAGGGACUUGUAGAAAAGAGUGAAAAUGAAAGAGAACUGAAUGAAGAUUCUGGAAAGUUGUCGGUGGACUCUUUGAACAAAGAUUUGUCUCCAACAUCUGCUGGAAAAAGACCUUCUGUAAGAUUUCCACAGCACCGGAGAAAGAAGCGAAAGGAAAUGGAUGAGGGCUUACCAGAGACCAAUCAACAUAAACAGAAUUCAUACAUUAUCAAGUUGUUUGAUCGUAGUGUUGAUUUAGCUCAGUUCAACACCAGCACCCCACUGUAUCCAAUCUGCCGAGCCUGGAUGAGAAACAAUCCUUCAUUUAGGGAGCCAGCUACAUCUCCAAGCUCCCCCCAAAGUGUAACAGAGGAUGAGGUCCCAGAUAUGAUGAAUGGCAAAGGUCAGAAUGUGUACCGGCUCCCACUACCAUCUGCCUGCCCAAUUAGCCCCACUGGUGAACCCAUUAAUCUCAGGAUCCCUCAGACUGAGAAACCAACCAUUUCCAAGUCGACAGAUGUCCCUGUAUCAGGAGCUCUAAUCAGUGACCACAUGGAACGCUGGAAAAAAAUAAGACAAAAAUGGAAGGAGUGCUCCAAUAAGAACCAGCUGAGGUACAGUGACAGCAUCAAGGUUCUAAAGGAAAUGAAGGAGCUGUAUGACAACUGACUGCCUGCCUCGCCACUGCUCGCUGCUCAAUGAAAUCUCCAUAGUGGGAAAGGAGCCAUGGAUUUAAUGUUUUCACAAGUAGAAAAGCAAAAAACAGCAGCAGAACUUUGAACCUUAUCAGAAUUUAUGCCCUUUAAAUUACAGAAACUUGAUUGUUCUAUUUUCUCUCUUGAAGUGUGAUGUAGUAGUUGAACAUUUUGGUCAAACAAACUGUAAAUGACUAAAUGAAUUACAUAGAAGGUUGUAUGUUUUUUUUUUUUUUUUCCAAACGCUCAAAAAUACAUCCUAAUAAAUUCCAAAAUGAUUUAAGUCUAUUGUGGUGUAUUUCAAACAAAUACAAAAAUAUCUUAUUCAUCCCCCCAAAAAAUUAUGCUGAUAAAACUCAUAUUUUGGACUUUCUUGAACAAGUUAUAGAUAUUAAUGGCUAUACGCACUAGGGAGGAAGGAGAUCCUGUCUGCCUCCGGUCUUUAUUGCAGUGGGUCUUGAGAAACCUCUGACUAAAAAAAGUCAGAAGAAAUGGAUGCUAAUUUUUGGAAUAUUGAUUUAGUUUUUUAUAAAAUCAGUUUUAGAGGAGCUCCCAGGCUGGAGCUGCUCUUCUUUAUUAGCUAGUCAUUUUUUCUGAUUCUGCUACCCCAGUGGAUUAUAUUAGAAUAGAAAACUCUUCACAGCAGAUAUAUAGAACAUGCAGAAUCUUGCUGCAAAUGCUGAAUGACCUAAGAUUAAAGUCCGCUCUUGUCCCUUAUUGUGGAUGACUUCACAGUUCCGUCUCCAGUUACUCCGUUGUCCAGGAACACUGGUAUUUGCAGUAUUAUCAAUUCCACUUCUCCUUCCAUGAUGGUAAUAGUCUGAACUGUUCUUUUUCUUGAAUUCAAAUUCAGGCUCAGAUGAUUUUAAUCAUACCAUGCUACAAAUUAGUUCCAGUUCCCCUUUCUUUACAACCAAAGACUUUCAAGGAAUGGAUGCUUCUGUAUAUGACAAGAGUCAGUCUCGCACUGGAAGUCGGAGGUCUACUGAGUAAAAAUGAAUGGUGAGACCAUUUAUGCAUAGAAAUGGGUAAAUAAGAUUUUCCUUCAAUCUCAAACUGUUUGUAAUGAAGUCUUUGAUCCAGGCGAUUGUUGAUGCCUCCAUUAAUCAGGUUAGUCAUAUUAUCAUGUUUGUUCCUAGUUGGAUGUAAUUCACUACCUCCAGAACAGGUGUGCUCAAAAUCUACUCUCCUGCAAGUUUUUUGUCUGCACCCCAAUGCACCCGAAUCAAAUAAGUGCCUCAUUACCAUAACUCUGCUGAGCUAAAUGAGUGGAUUGCGCCUUUAGAUUCAGGUGUGUGAGAGGAGAGAUGCAUCUAAAAGUUACACAAUGGCAGGUCUUGAGGACUGGACUUAAGCACCUCUGCACUACAACAAGCACUUCUCCUCUAAACCAGCAGGUGGCAGCAGUGAGAUCAUGUGGAAUGUCUUACAUUGACAUUUAAAGUUAGUAUGUUAACAAAAAACUGACAACAAAAAUACAGCAAUUAAUGAAUAACAACAAUAUACUACAAAUAAAGAGGAUUAACAGUCCUUAAAGAAAUAGAUCUGAUGUGGGAGAGUUUGUCUAUGCAUUCACAGAGUCUUUUAUAUAAUUAAAAAGAAUAACUACUCAUUAAAUAUAUUUCGUAGAACCAUACAUUAAACAGCGUCAAUAUAUAGAUGUGUGAAGCUUUUUUAGGGGGCUUAUUGAAGCUAUUAGAAAAUUGGGUCCGUCCUUAGAGAUUUGUUUGGAAAGUAUAGAUGUUUUGAACGUUCACUUUCCUGUUGUUUUGUUGUUCAAUAUACAUUGAUCCUAAACUUGUUUUGGCAUCUUUGGGUUUUUGGCCGCUCCCCAGUCCAUAAUUGUCCCUGACUGACUACCCCUCUAAAAAUGUUCAUGAACCACCCACUUAUUAUUUUAGCCUUUGGAGAGAAAUUUCUGUAAAACAAAACUUUGAUCUUCACCCUGCGGAAAUAGCGUUCUUUUAAAAAGAAUAGCAGAAUCAAACAGGUAUUCCAGAAUGCAGCUAAUGUGCAGUUCUACAGUUAGGUAUUUUUAAUGUAUGUUUUAUUGUUUUUAUUUUUAUUAUCAUUUUUUUAAACCAUUUUCAUGGUUUUAUUUGUUCAUUCUUUCAAAUAGUUAUUUUUGUCUUUUGUAGAUUUUAUGCUGGUGUUGGAAAAAGUGCCAUUUCAUUGUAGUUCUUGCAAUAGAGUGUAAUGACAAAUUUACAUCUCAUGUUUAAAAAAAAAAGUGAAAGAAAAAAAAAGAUGGUUGAUUAAAUAUUUAACAAAUGCACGGGUGUUAUGUAAUGAUUUUUAUCUCUUGGAACUUUUUCUUCCCUUUCUGUUUAACAUAAAUGAGAAACAGCGAGUGGGGAAUCCCCCCAAAAGCAAAGAUUUGCAUUCAUUAUCUUUAACAAAGCUGCUUUGGUAUCAGCUAACGUUUCUUAAACCAAUUGAAUUGUUGAAUUUUGGUUUUGAUUUCUCUUAAUUCUCACCAGUUUGUGUAAGCAAAUGGUGCUGCUCAUUGCCUCUUUGCAGUUUUUAUUUUUGUUUUGUUUUUUGCAAUUUGGGUUCUCUUGUACUAACCUCACCAAAGGUAUCUUUUAUCUGUACUGUCGACUGCAAGGUAAUGCAAUGACUCUCUUGCAAAAGUUCUCUUACUCCACUUAAAGAUGCUGUAAACAUGUAAUUUACUUUAUUUCAUAAUUCAGUCAACCUCCAAUGUGUUUCAGUUUAGUGCAUGCAUAUUUAACCCUGAAUAUUCAACGCACAUGUAUAGUAUUUGAUCAGAUUCUUCAGGUUGGAUUGUCUAGCUUGAAAACAGGAAGUCGAGUACUAACCAGUGUGGUUUGCUGUAAGAUAAAGACCUGUAUAGCGUGUGCACACUGCCAAUAAAUUUGAUCUGUAAAA